CACACAUCUAUCCAUCCACCAGAGAACAAAUACGAACUAUCCACCUUCAACUAAUUCCGUAACCUAGACAUUCAUUGAGUCAACAAACAGUUACAAUCUCAUCAGUAUCAUCAGAAUUGCGGUUGGUUCACUCAAGGUCCUUGUUUUGAGAAUGGAAGGAAUCUUCAAAUAAUUCAUAUUUGAACAGUUAAAUUGAAGUGGCAUAUUUGAACAGAUUGCACAAAAGGGUCUAGCCACACAGAAAUGGAUUUGAAAACAUCAAGUAUAAGUGAAACAUCUGAUCCAUAUUUGGCUCCCAGCAAAUCAACAGAUUUAAUUAAACCAAAAGAUGGUCUGGAAAAGGAUGCAUCAUCCAUUGCUAAGGGUAAUGAAGAGUAUAAAGUUUACAAACGCAGAUGGGCUGUUUUAAUAUUAUUCGCCUUUUACUCGGCCUCCAAUUCAAUGCAAUGGAUCCAAUAUAGUAUUAUUAAUAACAUUGUGAGCAGAUAUUAUGGUGUCAGUGACAAAUGGAUUGACUGGACAUCAAUGAUAUAUAUGAUAUUGUAUAUACCAUUGAUAUUUCCCGGAAGUUGGUUCUUAGACAAAAUGGGUCUCCGUAUUACUGCUUUGGUCGGUGUGAUUGGUACUUGUAUUGGAGCAUGGAUUAAAGUUUUUUCAGUUGGUCCUGAUUUAUUUUUUGUAGGCUUUGCGGGUCAAAGUAUAGUUGCUCUUUCUCAGGUUUGUAUUUUAUCAUUGCCGGCUCGUUUAGCAGCAGUAUGGUUUGGUCCCGACCAAGUUUCUUCAGCGUGCAGUGUUGGUGUUUUCGGUAAUCAGCUGGGAGUGGCUAUUGGCUUUGUUUUACCGCCUAUGUUGGUGACGAAUGCAGAUGACUUGGAACUCGUGGGUAAUGAUUUGCAAUGGAUGUUUAACUAUGUGGCAGGAAUAACAACAGUGCUGGUAAUUCUAAUGGUUCUAUUUUUCCAAGACAAACCGCCCACACCACCAUCUGCCGCCCAAAAGGUGGUAUUGCCCGGUUCAAUAGAAGCUCAAAAUCAAGUUACUUUUACACAGUCAUUGAAGAAUUUAAUGUCGAAUCGCAACUACAUCUUACUUUUGAUUUCAUACGGCAUGAAUGUUGGGGUCUUUUAUGCGAUAUCAACAUUACUCAAUCCGGUGGUUCUUAAGUAUUACCCAGGACAUGAAGUGGACACUGGUCGCAUAGGUUUAGCAAUUGUUCUAUCUGGUAUGCUGGGAUCCGUUGUGUCCGGUAUCGUUUUGGAUAAAUCACACAAGUUCAAAGAAACAACUUUGGCGGUAUACGCAUUUUCCAUGGUGGGCAUGUGGGUGUUUGCUUUCACUUUAGACACUGGAAGCAUUGCAGUUGUUUAUGUUACAGCAUCUUUGUUGGGCUUUUUCAUGACUGGCUACUUGCCGGUUGGUUUUGAAUUUGGUGCUGAGCUAACAUACCCGGAACCGGAAGGUACCUCAUCCGGUCUCUUAAAUGCCUCAUCACAGGUCUUUGGCAUCAUCUUUACGUCCCUCUAUUCCUGGCUGUUCAGUGAUUAUGACGAUAUAACGGCAAAUAUAACAAUGGCUGUAAUGCUGAUUGUAGGCACGAUCAUUACGGCUCUAAUUAGUUCCGAUUUGAGACGGCAAAAUGCUCAGAUAUCAAAUAAUGCAAACAAUCCCUAGGAUCGUAUAGAUUUUGUUUAAAUAACACACAAUUAAAAAUUAAACACAAAGUGGAACUGUAACCUGUGAGUGAGUAAGAAGUGACCAUCUAUCUAAACGGUGGUACGUUGUUUGUAAAAAGAAGAAUGCCAAAUUUUAAUAUUGUGUUAUUUAAACAAAAUCGUUAAACGUACAUCAGUAAUCAUUUAAUAUACAUACAUAUUAGUAUUAGUAUUAACAAAAACAUGUAUUUUAUAAAUUGUUGUUAUUUAAUUUUAGUGUGUACAUACAUACCUAUAUACAUUUAUUUAUAUACAUACUUACAUACAUAUUUUAUAUUAAUUUUCUUUUAAUUUUACUUUUAUUAGAGGUUUAUAUAUCUAGUACAUACUUUGUGAUCAAGAAAGAUAAAAAAAAAAACAAUAAAGUUACAUUUUAGGAAAUGGACAUUUUCAAAUGAUUCAACUGUAUUUAGGUCCUACGACGCGACGUAUAUAAAAUGUACACUAAAGUGGUCCAGGAUUUAUGAACAAAAUUGCAAUUUUAUAUCCGAAAAUUGCAAUUUUUGCCAUUUGGAUCAGUCUAUUUCAUGUUUAUGCAUUUGAAUCCUAAUUUAAAGUCCAUAAUAUGGAACUUGCUAUAUUUAUAAGUUUUACUUCAUUAUUAUUCUGUGUAUUCAAUAUACAUACGCUACACUGUAUUGUAUGGUGUUGGGUUUAGUCUACCACAGAGACGUUUUUAAUUCUUAAAUUCAACGUUUUAUUAUUUGUCUUUACUCUUCUUAAUUCUUAAUUAUUAUUUUUAAAUCGUUCAACAUGGUUGUAAAUAAAAAAAAAACUAAUAAAUUAAA